UAGUUGCGCAUGCUGUGGCAUGCAUCGCAGGCCGUAGUCGGGCGGUUUUAAACUGUUUGUAAAAUUUUGUCGUCCGUGAUUUUUCCAAAUGGGAAAGGUAGGCUUCAUCUCACUUGUAAUAGCUGCCUUAUCAGCGCUGUUAGGAGAGAGGAUUAUCAACCUGAGGAAAAGGAGCCUCGCCUCCAGGGAGCUGGUCCAGAAUCAUCUCCCCAACUGUGUUGCACUCAAAAAUCUAGAUUAUGGCUCGGAGGAUAUAACGAUCAUUGGAGAUGGACUUGCCUUAAUCAGCACUGGUCUGAAGUCUCGUGGACUGCCAACCUUAGAUGUGACAGGAAAGAUCUUCUCCCUCGAUCUACAAGAUCCUCGGAUGAAACCAGUGGAGCUGCGCAUGCCAAGAAACUUCGAUCUGGACUCAUUCAGCCCUCAUGGCAUCAGUGUAUACACUGAUCCAAGUGAUGACACAAUAUACCUAUUUGUAGUCAAUCAUCCUCAAUACAAAAGCCAAGUAGAGGUCUUCAGAUUUAUUGAGGACGACCACUUGCUGGUGCAUCUGAAAACUAUAAAACAUGAACUUCUCUACAGUGUAAAUGAUAUUGUUGCAGUGGGGGUGGAUACCUUCUAUGCAACUAAUGACCACUACUUUUCCCAUGAGAUCCUUAAAGGUUUGGUGGAGCCUCUUCUGGCUCAGCCUUGGACUAAUGUUGUGUACUACAGUCCCAGUGAAGUAAAAGUAGUCUCAGAGGGUUACUACAUUGCAAAUGGCAUCAACAUUUCACCAGACAAAAGACAUAUAUAUGUGGUAGAUGCAUUUGACCAAAAUGUGCACGUGUUGGAGCGGAAAGAAGACAAUACACUGGCCUCUGUGAAGGCCGUGGCUGUGGGUUCACUCUGUGACAACGUUGAAGUCGAUCCUGGAACAGGUGACCUGUGGUUAGGCUGUCACCCUAAUGGAUGGAAAGCUUUCAUGCUCGACCCCAAGGACCCUCCUGGAUCAGAGGUCAUCCACAUCCAGAAGAUUCAUUCUGAUCAGCCAGUGGUGACUCAGGUGUAUGCGGACGACGGUCAUGUGAUCAUGGGUUCGUCUGUAGCAACUACCUACGGGGGAAAGUUGCUGAUUGGCACUAUGUUCCAUAAAGCACUGGUUUGUGAUCUGAAAUAAGCAGUGACUCUUGAUACCAUGCUUCGCAGUGAGCAGAACAUUUCAGGUUAAAAAAUUAAUAAAUAAAUAAAGAUUUACCUCUUUUCAAGACUCUCAGUCAGACAGUGCAGCAAUUAAAUGAUGUCUUAUACAAAUAUUGCACCAUUUGCAUGUGAAAACUAAAAUAAAAUUGUACUAGAUGGGCUGUGAUAAGAGACCCAUGAGUCUCUCAGCUGCUAAGAGAAUGCCUGAAGAUCUCUCAGUGGGAGCUGGAAGAUGAUAGAUGUAUUUUUCUGGUUUCAGAUACUUGACUGACCAGAUACAUGAACCACUGCAAAAUAAGUGCUUGGAUAAUAAUAUUUUCAAACAUGUACAGAGUUCAUAUAGCCUCUUUCCUGUGUAUCAUGAAAAGAUUCUGCGAUUACGAUUUUUCACUGGUCACCUGAAAAUGUGAAAAUCUUGAUAUGUGCAAAAUUUGUAACUAAAUGUUUUUACGUGUUUUAAUUUUAUUGCUGAUUUAAAAAAAAACAUUUGUCUGCUGUAUUUGCUUGUAAUUAAAACAACAAAGAGAUGCUGCACCUGUAGCUUCUCUGGUGACUCAACAAAUUUGUAUAAAAAAAAGUCGUCUGGUGAAUUCCCAGAGAGGUGGCAGCAUACAUAAUGACUGAAUAUGAAUUUGGAUGAUAAAUAUGCUAUUUUAAAAACAGUAUUGCAAUACUUCCUCCAAUAUUUCUUACACAACUCAAGUUUCACAAGUCACAUCAGCCUCCUUAUUAGUAUGUUCCCUCUUUUCUGCACUCUGCAUAAAGAUAGUUUUCAUAUUGCACAUGUAUGAUUUCUUUUGUUCUUAUUAUAUGUUUAUAUAUGACAGUUACAUUAAUA